AUGAACGAAGCCUACAGCCCUGCGACGCCCCGGCCGGGCGGCACCGCCUCGCCCGGCACCAUGAAGCUGUUCAUGGCCUUCCUCGCUGUCUGCAUGCUGGCACAGACCAUUGGCACAACGCUCUUCUGCUUGUAUCUCCACAUGAAGAUGGAUAAGAUGGAAGAGGUGUUGAACCUGAAUGAAGAUUACAUCUUCCUGAGGAGGAUACAGAAAUGUCAGACAGCAGAAGGGCAGAAGUCAACGUUGUUGGACUGUGAAAAGAUUUUAAAGGGCUUCCAGGACCUCCAGUGCAAGGACAGGGAACCCAGCAAGGGGCAGCCCAAGUUUGAAAUGCAGAGAGGCCAUGACCACCCCCAUCUGACACACAAGAACGAGACUUCUGCGGCAGAGGAGAAGAGGCAACCAGUUGCAGCCCAUCUGGCAGGUGUGACAAGGAACAAGGCAGCCUCAGAGCUCCAGUGGAUGACGACGAUGUACGGCCCCGCGGCCAACGACCUGAUAGCCUACCAGGAGGGCAAGCUGCAGGUGAAGGAAGCAGGGCUCUACUACAUCUACUCCCAAGUCACCUUCUGCACCAAAGCAGCCACCUCGGCACCCUUCACUCUCUACAUUUAUUUGUACCUGCCCCUGGAAGAGAAGAGGCUCCUGCUGAGAGGCCAGGACACGCACAACACCUCCAACCCCCACUGCGACCUCCAGUCCGUCCGGGUGGGAGGCGUCUUCAGGCUGCGGGAAGGGGACAUGGUCUUUGCCAGUGUGACAGACUCAGGAAGGGUGGUCUACAACCAUGGCAGCACCUACUUUGGCCUCUUCAAGCUGUAG